UCUCCUUCACUUAAAAUUCACAUAAUAAGUUCCGUUUUGGACUCUUUUUAACGUAAAAUUCUUCUCAACCUUCUUCUUCAUCUUCACUCCUUUUCCCAUUUUUUAUUCUAAAAAACACAAUUCUGGUGAUAAUGGCUUUGGCGACGGCUGAUUCAGCGGCGGAAAUUCUCUCCAACCUUAACAUCAACGCCGGAGAUUGGCCUCCUAAUCUUGUCAAGAAUCUCCACCUCCUGCCUGCGGAUCAGAUUGAAUUGGCAAAGAUGUUGUCGGAGAUGGGGCAGAGCCAUUUGUUUCAGCAUUGGGCAGAGCCUGGCGUGGAGGACGACCAAAAGAAAGCCUUUUUUGCUCAGGUGGCUAAGCUAAAUUCAAGCUAUCCUGGGGGUUUGGCAUCGUAUAUUCAAACUGCUAGGGAGCUGUUAGCAGACUCGAAAACAGGGAAGAACCCAUAUGAUGGCUUCACACCCUCGGUUCCAACUGGAGAAAUUCUUUCUUUUGGUGAUGAUAAUUUCAUCAAUUUUGAGGAGGCAGGUGUCAAAGAAGCCCAAAAUGCAGCAUUUGUUCUUGUUGCAGGUGGGCUUGGUGAACGGCUUGGAUACAAUGGAAUUAAGGUGGCACUUCCAGCAGAGACCACAACUGGAACAUGUUUCUUACAGUCAUACAUCGAGUCCAUUCUGGCUCUUCAGGAGGCUAGUGGUAUGCUCACGCGAGGUACAUGUCAAAAGGAGAUUCCUUUUGUUAUCAUGACAUCAGAUGACACACAUACCCGUACAUUGGACCUUUUAGAGUCAAAUUCUUAUUUUGGAAUGAAACCUGCGCAAGUUAAACUUCUUAAGCAGGAAAAAGUUGCAUGCUUAGAUGAUAAUGAUGCUAGGCUUGCUUUGGAUCCUCAUAACAAAUACAAAAUUCAGACAAAGCCGCAUGGCCAUGGUGAUGUGCACUCACUUCUUUAUUCUAGCGGCCUUCUGAAUUUGUGGCAUGAUGCUGGUUUGAGAUGGGUUAUUUUUUUCCAAGACACAAAUGGACUUCUGUUCAAGGCAAUUCCAGCAUCACUGGGAGUCAGUGCAACUAAACAAUACCAUGUCAACUCUAUUGCUGUUCAACGGAAAGCAAAAGAAGCCAUUGGAGGAAUUACCAGACUUACUCAUAGUGAUGUCCUGAGAAAGGUAAUCAUGUCAGAAAUAGCAGAAUCUGUCGCUACUACUCGAUUUGGAGAAGUAACAACUAGUCAAACCACAGGGGAACUACAGAAUAUCCAAGCUGCAUACAGAUUGAAUGGAAAGAACUACUUGAAGUGGUUUCAGUUGGUUCAAACCUUUCUAAAAGGGAAAGGAAAAUUGAGCCAUCUUCUUGGCACUGGUCCUGAGAAAGGAGAUCCAAAAUUUGAGGCUUGGGAUGAAGAGGAUUCUAUGGUUAUGUCAUGGCUGUGGAAUUCUAUGACACCAGAUAUUAGUGACACUUGUAUGUUUUUGUCCACGGCCAAAGACAUUUGGGAAUCAAUUCGUCAAACCUAUUCCAAAGUUAAAGAUGCUACUCAAGUCUAUGAGGUAAAGAUCAAGACUGCAGCUCUCAAACAAGGGAAUAAGUCAGUCACAGAGUAUGCUAUUCUUCUUAAAAAUCUUUGGCAAGAGAUGGAUCACUAUCAGUGCAUAGAAAUGAAGUGCAGUGAAGAUGCAACAACUUUGAAGAAAUUUAUUGAAAAAGAUCGAGUCUAUGAUUUUCUUGCUGGACUGAAUGUUGAGUUUGAUCAAGUCAGAGUCCAAAUUCUGGGAAAACAGGAUCUGCCUUCUUUAAAUGAAGUGAUAUCCAUGGUUAGAGCAGAAGAGAGCAGAAGAGGAGUGAUGCUUGACAGUGUGCAUGUAGAAGGAUCUGCUAUGGUCUCUAAUGGUGGGAAGAACCAAAGCUUAGAACAAUUACCAGUCAGUGAGAAUGGGAAAGGUGAUUCGGCUAAAACUUCAAAUCGCGACAAUCUUUGGUGCACCUAUUGCAAGAAGCCAAGGCACACCAGAGAUCGUUGCUGGAAACUACAUGGAAAACCUUCGACUUCAAGCAAAGAAUGGGGUUAUAAAGGAGGACAGCCAAGAAAUCAAGGACAAGCUCACAUGACUGCAAUGGAGUUAAACCAGGAGAAGUCUCAGGAACAAGGAGAGUUGGAUAAAAAAGAGAUUGAGAAACUGAGAAGCCUAUUGGGAACUCUUGAAAAGGCUACUGGUGUAUGCUCCUUGGCACACUCAGGGAGAUCAAUGGUGAUCAAUGUGGAAUACAAUCAGCUUGAUCCUCUGCUUAGAGCAACCGGCCAUCCUGAUGGAGAUGUUAAUUGUGAGACUGGUUAUUCUCCUUUCCCAGGAAAUAUAAACCAACUGAUUUUGGAGCUUGGUCCAUACAUUGAGGAGCUCACAAAAACAGGAGGUGCUAUUAAGGAAUUUGUUAACCCAAAGUAUAAAGAUGCUAGCAAAACAUCAUUUAAGUCCUCAACUAGACUAGAGUGUAUGAUGCAAGACUACCCUAAAACAUUGCCUCCAUCAGCAAGAGUUGGAUUUACGGUGAUGGAUACAUGGCUUGCUUAUGCACCUGUGAAAAACAACUCUGAGGAUGCUGCUAAGGUACCAAAAGGGAACCCAUAUCACAGUGCAACUUCUGGAGAAAUGGCCAUAUAUCGUGCAAACAGUCUCAUCCUUAAAAAGGCUGGUGUCCAAAUGGAGGAUCCAGUACAACAGGUUUUCAGUGGACAAGAGGUGGAAGUGUGGCCACGUGUUACAUGGAAGCCUAAAUGGGGGCUGACUUUUGCUGAGAUCAAAAGGAAAAUUAGUGGAAGUUGCUCCAUUUCUCAAAGGUCUACUAUGGCCCUUAAGGGCCAUGAUAUUUUUCUUGAAGAUUUAUCCUUGGAUGGAGCUCUUAUCAUCAACUCUAUUGAUGGUGCAGAGGUAAAAGUUGGGGGAUCAAUACAGAACAAGGGCUGGCUUCUUGAGAGCAUUGACUACAAAGAUAUUGCUAUACCGGAGGAACUGAGGAUCAGGGGUUUCCAAAUCAACAAAUUAGAGCAAUUGGAGGAAACUUACGUGGAACCUGGCAAGUUCACCUUAAAGCCAUGAAGUUGAACAUAGAAAGAGACACAACAAUUCUUUUUUUAUUUUUUCUUUUUCAGAAAGCUUUAUCUGGUUAUUAUUAGACAGUUCAUAGCAGGAAUAAAUCACUUUCCUUCAGUAACUUGUAUUACAAUUAUGUCCUUUAACAAUAAUGAGCCAAUAAUAACCACCCAAACCUUCCUCCCUCUUUCUCAUAAACUCUUCCAUCUUUUAUUCUGUUACUCUUGGGAUGGAAAUAAAAUUUUCAGGACAUGUGAAUAAGAUGCUUAUUUCUUGCAUCUCUUGAUCUUU